AUGCACGUCGGAACCGCCGAGCUGGCGUCAGCAGUCUCCAACGCCGGCGGGCUGGGCAUCAUCACGGCCCUCAUCUUCCCUACCCCAGAGGAGCUGCGCAAGGAGAUCCGGCGGUGCCGCACCAUGACCAAGAACCCCUUCGGAGUCAACAUGACGCUGCUGCCCUCCAUGGUCCCGCCCGACUACGGCGCCUACGCUGACGCCAUCGUCGAGGAGGGCGUCAAGGUCGUCGAGACGGCCGGCAACAGCCCCGGCCCUAUCAUCUCCAAGCUCAAGAAGGCCGGCAUCAUCGUCCUGCACAAGUGCACUGCCAUCCGCCACGCCGUCAGCGCUGUCAAGAUGGGCGUCGACUUCCUGUCCAUCGACGGCUUCGAGUGCGCAGGCCACGUCGGCGAGUCGGACAUCACAAACUUCAUCCUGCUCUCCCGCGCCCGCCAGACGCUCAAGGUCCCCUUCCUGGCCUCGGGCGGCUUCGCCGACGGCCACGGCCUCGCGGCGGCCCUGUGCCUGGGCGCCUGCGGCGUCAACAUGGGCACGCGCUUCAUGUGCACCGUCGAGGCCCCCGUCCACCGCAACAUCAAGGAGGAGAUCGUGCGCGCGCAGGAGACGGACACGACGCUGCUCCUGCGCCGCUGGCGCAACACGACCCGCCUCUACAAGAACAGGGUCACGAUGGAGGCCCUCAAGGUCGAGCACGAGAGCCCGACGGGCAAGUUCGAGGAGGUGGCGCCGCUCGUCAGCGGCAAGCGCGGCCGGCAGGUCUUCCUCAACGGCGACCCCGAGUACGGCGUGUGGACGGCGGGCCAGGUCAUCGGCCUGAUCCACGACAUCCCCACGUGCGCCGUCCUGGUGGCGCGGAUCGAGAAGGAGGCCGAGUCGACGCUGAGGGAGAAGCUGUCCUUUUUCAAGGACUCGCCGCCGUCCAAGCUGUAG